GGGGCGGAGCGGGGCCGGGGCCGGAGCGAAGCGCGGGCGAGGGAUGCUGCCGGUGCUGGCCACUGCCUGGUCCUUGCUGGCCGUCGCCUUCCUGGCCGCGCUGCUGCUCCUGCGGGCCCCGGCGUGGCGGUCCGAUGGCCUCGGCGGGGUCUCCGACCUCUUCCACGAGCUCAUUCGCUACGGGAAGACAAGGCCCCCGGGCUGGAGUCUUAAUUACCUCGUGCCCAAGAGCUGGUUUACUCACUUUUAUGUGGUUUCUGUGGUCUGGAAUGGCAGUCUGCUGUACUGGCUCUUCCGAGCUGAGUUCCUUGGAGAGUCACUCCCAUCAUGGAUUCAGGACAUGCACCGUGCUCUUGGCAGAGAUUCUCAGAGCGAGGACAUGGACAGUGAGUACUUCUCUGCUCUCCUGGUUCUCCUGCUCCUUUGGCUGCACAGCUGUCGAAGGCUUGCAGAAUGCCUCUGGACCAGUGUGUUUUCCAAUGGUUUCAUUCAUAUUGUGCAGUAUUACUAUGGACUUGGUUUCUACAUUGCCGUUGGCUCAACUGUGCUAUGUCAAGUGCCUACUAAUGUCAGGACUGGAAAAGAGCUUUCCGUGCAGAUCUGCUGGUAUCACAUUGUAGGAAUUACGAUGUACAUUUGGGCCUCUCUUCACCAACACAGAUGUCUUGUAAUUUUAGCUAAACUUAGAAAAAACAAAUCAGGAAAGGUUGUAAGGCUGGGCUACGAUGUUCCUUUCGGAGACUGGUUUGAGAGCGUGUCUUGCCCUCAUUAUUUUGCAGAGCUGCUCAUAUAUGUUUCUAUGGCCAUCAUGCUUGGAUUUCAGAAUGGGACGUGGUGGUGUGUAGUGAUGUGUGUUCUUUUUAACCAGGCACUGGCUGCUGUUUUGAGUCACGAGUUCUAUGAGAAAAACUUCCGUUCCUACCCAAAGCAUCGAAAAGCAUUUAUACCACAUGUUUUUUAGAAUAUUUUUUCUAAAGUAUCUUUACGGUGUCUUAAAGUGGGAAAUGUUUUCUAUAAGGGAAUAAGAGAUUUAUGGUAUAUUAAAGCCCAGAUAAAAUCACACAUUUUCUCUGAUUCUACCUUAAAAGCUCAUAAUUUUAAUGACAAUCCAUUCAUGUCACCAAUUUAUUUGGGGAAAUGUCUCUGUGUAUCAUACAAGCUAAAAAAGGUUUACCGAAGGCUUGAAUUCAAAGUGAAGAGAUGCUAAUUGGCUCUUUUAUGUCUUGUGCAUAAAACACUUGCUGUUGUGCAGCAAGUCCAAAUAUUUGUGAAAAUUAAUGAAAAGAGGGUGCAAAGAAUCAUUUGAACUACUGUAUUUCAUGUCUUGACAAAUUAAGCGUAUUUCUUUCCUAGUCUCUUUUCUUUGAAUCACUUCAGAGGGAGGCAAAUUUUGUAUCUUUCUGUGCUUCCCUGUUGACAAUUAAAACCAGCCACUGCUUUAUGACUGUAAGCACAAAAACUGUGGAGAAAUCUGUGGUGGAGGAAUGACUCAUGCUCAGCAGUGGAAAUAAACAGACCCAUUCUCUGCAUUACCUCUUCUGCACCAAACUAUUUUCACUCAUCACUAAACUGGGAAAAAAAAAUUUCCCUUUAUCCCUAAACUGGGAAAAUCGUGGAAGGUUCUCUGUCUAGAGAAACAGUAGAAGAGAAUUUGCAGAAAAUUAUUGUUCCUGGUUAUGGUUCUGUUGUCCUUAUAGUGGGUUAUUGGAAUCCCUCAUGUGUUAGAAGAGGCAGUUGUGCAGGAUGGCCAUGACCAUGACUACAUGGCUUUUUAAACAGAUAUAAUGAACUGCUGAGGCAGAGAGCACACAGAAACCAGUACUUGACAAGCAUUGCAAAGAAAUUCUUUACUGGGGAGAUGAUGUCACUCAGCACAGGGCUUUUUUUUGCACUUAACUAUUGAAUAUUUUGGUCCUUCUCAUGAUACUGAAUGAUCGGUUUUAUGUGAUGUAGCAUAUGAAUGCUAGUGUUUCAGCAUGUUGUCUACUUACAUGCAUACAUUAUUUUGUAUAUAAGAAGAAUUUUUAUACUGUAGUAUAUCUUAUGAAUUGCCUAAUUAAAAGGUUAUUAUACUUUCU